UUGAGCAGAUCCAGUCGUUUCAGUGUAUGUGUUUUAGUCGUAACCAAGCAGGUUUAUUUAUACUAGCCCUGUCUACACCAAGCUGGGCUGUCUGGACUAAUCUUUUUUACUAUUUGUCCUUGGAGAGCUAUUGUAAGAAGCGGUUUGCUGCUCAGUGAUGGCUAAUGAGCGACUCAGAGCUCUGGAGGAGGUAGAAAAAGAGAUAGCGAUGAUCCUGCAGUGUGCCGGUAAUAUAGUUCUGGAACUCUCCAAAGACAAACAUAAUGCCAGCCUCCUGGACAGACAGCUUGUCCAAUUCCAAAGCUCUGUCACCCGAGUGGAGAGUGAACUGAGCACCCAAAUCCGCUACCUCACACAGGUUGCUACUGGUCAACCUCAUGAGGGCUCCACAUACUCAGCAAGAAAGGACUGUCAGAUGGCACUGAACCGAGCAGAGUACGCUAAGGUCAAACUGGGAGAACUGGGACGGACCUGUGAAGUCAUGCUGGAGCAGCAGCAGCAGCAGCAGCAGCAGCAAACAUGAGAGCAAAGACGGCUGAAGAGAAGUUGGAACAUUUCACUGAGAUACCCAAUGUAUCACACCUCAUUACAUAUUGAAAUCUUUUAAUAAUAAAUUUUCAUUGUAAUUACAAUACUGGACUUUCACAAAAAGGCAAAGAAAAAGUAGUAUAUGUUGUAUUGGCCCUUUUAAGAUACUUCUUAUACAACUGCCAAGAACUUUUUUCUAUUUUCUAUUUUGAGCUCUUGAGAAUGCAAGAAGUUACUUGCUAACAGUAUUUAGUUAAACGUGUGUGACAUUAGCAUUUUUUUACACAAGUUCAUGGUUACACCUUUCAUUUAACAGGUGGAAAAGCUUUUCACAAAAACAAAAAAAACGUAGUGUGACAACCUAUCUUAUGUUUGAAAUAAAAUAAAGACCCUUUUUUUACA